ACAGCGGCGCGGGGAUUCCGAACGGCGCAGCGGGAGGUGCGGGCCCGCCGGGACACGGGGACACGGCAGCAUUGAGCACGGGAACGGGGGAACCCCGGAGCACAGGGAUCUGGGACCCCGGGAACGCGGGGACCCCGCAGCACAGGGAUCUGGGACCCCGGGAACGCGGGGACCCUGCAGCGCAGGGAUCUGGGACCCCGGGAACGGGGGCUGGAGCGGGCGGUGCGGCCCGGCCCGGGAGUACGGGAGUGGGAGCGGAUCCUGAGUGACCGUGAGCCUCCUGCGGAGCCCCUGGUACCGGCCCGAAGCCGUGUGACCGAAUUGCUCCUCCCAGUUCCUGAAGGGGCCGACAAGAAAGAUGGAGGGAACCUCUUAUUUGGGCACCUCAGGGGGUGAACCAUGCCCAGGAUCACUCUGAACGGGAUCACGGUGGAUUUCCCCUUCCAGCCCUACCCAUGCCAGGAAGCCUACAUGGCCAAGGUGCUGGAAUGCCUGCAAAAGAAGGUAAAUGGUAUUUUGGAGAGCCCCACAGGCACGGGGAAGACCCUGUGCCUGCUGUGUUCCACCCUGGCCUGGCGGGAGCACUUCAAGGACACCAUCUCAGCCCGGAAAAUCGCGCAGCGCAUGAAUGGGGUGGAGCUCUUUCCUGACAGACCUUUGUCCUCCUGGGGCACUGCUGCCACAGAUGGAGAUGUCCCAACUUAUUACACUGACAUUCCUAAAAUAAUUUAUGCCUCCAGGACUCACUCCCAGCUCACACAGGUCAUUAAUGAGCUAAAGAACACGGUGUACAGGCCAAAGAUUUGUGUGCUGGGAUCCAGGGAGCAGCUCUGCAUCAAUCCUGAAGUGAAGAGACAGGAGGGCAACCACAUGCAGAUCUACAUGUGCCGAAUGAAGGUGAUGGCUCGUGCUUGUCAUUUCUAUAACAAUGUGGAAGAAAAGAGUACAGAGAAAGAACUGAUUGAAUCAAUCAUGGAUAUUGAAGACUUAGUUAAAAAUGGAAACAAGCACAGAGCUUGUCCUUAUUAUCUCUCUCGAAGCCUGAAGCAGCAAGCAGACAUUAUUUUUAUGCCUUACAACUAUUUACUAGACGCAAAGAGUAGGAAAUCACACAACUUGGACCUGAAGGGGACUGUGGUGAUACUCGAUGAAGCUCACAAUGUGGAGAAAUUGUGUGAGGAGUCCUCUUCUUUUGACUUGACUCCUUAUGAUUUGGCUUCAGCAAUGGAUGCAAUAAAUGUUGUCCUGGAGGAACAAGCCAAAGUGGUUCAACAGAAUGAAAUCAAUGCUGAAUUCAACAUGGAGUUUGCCAGUUCAGGACUGAACAUGGAACUAGAAGAUAUAGCAAAGAUCAAGAAAAUUCUUCUUCAGCUUGAAAGUGCUAUUGAUGCAGUGGAGCUGCCAGCAAAUGGCAGUGGAGUUACCAAAGAGGGAAGCUUCAUCUUUGAUCUGUUUGCAGAGGCCCAAAUAACUUUGCAGACAAAAUCCUCCCUCUUGGAGUCACUGGAGCAGAUUUUACAGUUUCUUUCAGGCCCUCUUACCAGCAGACUCUUCAGAAAAGCAUUGAAGAGUGUAGAAUACAGACUGUCAGUUCUGCAAGGACAUCCUUGGAUGACACAUCCACCCUUCCUUAUUUCUUUGCCCAGCACCUUUCUCCUUUUAGGCCAUGUGCAUUCUGGCCUGACAGGUACUGGGAUAUUUAUCAAUACAUCUGGAUUGCAUAAGGUCUCAGAUAUUAUCCAGACAGUGUUCAGCAUCGAUCCCCCAGAAGGAGUCACAACAGGAUUCCUGCCACGUCAGGCAAUAUCUAAAUAUUACAAGGUACAUAUUCACGUGGAUAAUGGUAAUCAAAAAAAGAAACAAAGGACAGAUCUCUGGAAUUCAUCAUCUUCAAAAAAACAAGGGAAGACUUUAAGCUAUUGGUGUUUCAGCCCUGGCUACAGCAUGCACGAGCUCGUUCGACAGGGAGUCAGGACAAUCAUCCUCACCAGUGGGACACUCUCCCCCCUCUCAUCAUUUACAAUGGAAAUGCAGAUCCCUUUUCCUGUGUGCCUGGAGAAUCCUCAUGUAAUUGAUAAACACCAGCUCUGGGUUGGGAUCAUUCCAAAGGGACCUGAUGGAACUGUGCUUACUUCCACCUAUGAAAGAAGGUUUUCAGAGGAUUAUUUAUCUUCUCUGGGGAAAACAAUUGGUAACCUUGUGCGAGUUGUGCCACAUGGGCUGUUGGUGUUCUUCCCAUCGUAUCCUGUCAUGGAUAAGAGCCUGGAAUAUUGGAGAGAGCAUGAUUUUGCCAAAAGAAUAGAGGAAGUGAAGCCAAUGUUUGUGGAGCCCAAGAACAAAGGAAGCUUUUCAGAGGUUAUUGAUGCCUACUAUGAUAAAGUCACCUGUCCUAAGUCCAAUGGAGCUGCAUUUUUGGCAGUGUGUCGGGGCAAGGCCAGUGAAGGACUGGACUUUGCAGACAUAAAUGGACGAGGAGUCAUCAUUACUGGGCUUCCAUUUCCUCCUCGUAUGGAGCCCAGAGUCAUUUUAAAGAUGCAAUUCCUGGAUGAGAUGAGGAGAAGUGGUGCAGGUGCACAGUAUCUGUCUGGGCGUGAGUGGUACAGUCAGCAGGCGUCCCGAGCUGUCAACCAGGCCAUCGGCCGGGUCAUCAGACACCGCCAGGACUACGGAGCCAUCUUCCUGUGUGACCACAGGUUCACAACUGGUGAUGUUAGAGGCAAGCUGCCUUCGUGGGUCCGUCCCUACGUGAACGUUUAUGACAACUUUGGACACGCGGUCAGAAGUGUCUCCCUCUUCUUCCGUGUCGCUCAAGAAAUUAUGCCCCCACCCCUGCCUCAGUGCCCUCCUGGCCAUACUGGUUCCCUAAGUGAGAGCAGUGCAGCACCAUCUACUUCAUCUGAGCAGAUCCUCUCCCUGCAAAAAGCUAAAAACUUGGAUGACCAUGUUCCAAGUUUGAAGAGGAAAAGGAAAGUAAAUGGAGAUGGAGCACCCAGCCUCUGUGUGGAAUAUGAACAAGAAUUUGUCUCACCCCGAAGAAAAUGUGUUGGGCUCUUGGAUGCCUUGGAGCGCAGUGAGAAGAGCAGUGAGGAUGCAGAGGAGGAAACUGAUUUGCCAGGAGAGGAAAAGGCACAUCGUCUAUCCACACUUUCCCUUCAGUAUGAGAAGAGAUUAACAGAUGAGCAGAAAGGAGGAAGGAAGAAAAUAAAGCUAGUCAGCAAUACACAGGAGCAGAGAGCGGAGCAGCUGGAGCCCAAGAAGGCGCGGGCGACGUUUUACAUCGCCACGGUGAAGGACACCCUGAGCCAGCAGAACUACGAGCUCUUCUCCAAGGCUCUGCAGCAGUACAAGAAGACAGAUGACUUCCACACCAUGCUGUCCCAAAUGAGCUCCCUCUUCGUAGAGGAUGAAAAAAAGCACGUCUUGCUGCGAGAUUUUUACCAGUUUGUUCGACCCCAGCAUAAAAAGCAGUUUGAUGAAGCGUGCUGCAAUCUGACUGGAGUGGGCUGUGGCUACAAACCUGAGCACAGCCUCCCUCGGGAGGAGAGGGAGGUCCUGGCCAGGAGAGGGGAAGAAAAGCAGAGCCAGCAGAAAAGUACAUUCUCCAAGGCCUCGUGUGCUCAGCUGAACCCUGGGCUCCACCUGAACCAAGGAGGAUCCCACUUGGCAACAGGACUGAACAGUGCAGGGCAGAAUGCCAGUACAGCUCCAAGGAAAGAGGCUGAAAAGGCUCCAGGCUGCAGGAGAGAGCAUCACCAGGCCCUCAGGGCUGCCUAUCUCAGUGAUGUGCAGAGGGCUUUGGACAAAAGCAGCUACAGCCAGUUCUACGAGGCUCUGGUGGCUUACAAGAAGACGGAUAAUUACGAUGCGAUGGUGUCGGUGAUAGCAGCCCUCACCACAGAGAGGCCACAGGACUUUCAUCUCCUAGAAAGGUUUUACAUGUUCGUGCGUCCUCACCACAAAGAGCAGUUCAGAGAGCUGUGUAAGGAUUUGACUGGAAUGGUCUGUGGUGAUGGAGAGAAGCAUCUGCAACAGUUGGAGCAAAGUGAGGGGAAAGCCCAGAGCUUGGAGAGAUGCACAAAAGGAAUCAGCCACGUAGAAGGCACAGCCCCUUCUAAGAGUAGGGCACCAGAAAAAAUUCAGAGUAAGAUUUCCUCCUUCUGCUUUAGCCAGAAAAGUGAACUUGAGUUGCCAAGGACUGAAGCAUCCAAAGAAACCAAUAAUGUGAGAGCACCCACAGACUCUGGAGUUGUGCCCAUCUUUCCCCUAGAGAUGGAACCAGAGCAUGGAAGAUUCCACUGCUCUAACUGCAAAUCCGAGGAUGAUGUGCCUUUUAAAUGCCCAUUAUGUGACUUCACUUGCUGCAAAACGUGCUGGAUGCAGUUCUUAAAGGUGAGGAAAUGCCCCAAGUGCUGCAGUGAUGUGAAGAGGAAGCGAUUAAUCCAAGUUUUCUUCUGGUCCUGAUCCCACACGCAGAAAGGGCACUGCAGGAAGCAGAAGGCAGUGGCUGUGCUCUGGCUCUUGCUGAGCAGGAGCAGGAUGGAGGUUCCUUUGAAUCCCUGUGAUCCUUGUCUCUGGAUUAUGAGCUGAGCACCAGCACAGAUUGUGCUGACAAAGGUGAUCAAGUCUGAAAAGUCUCACUGCAGGAGACAAAACAGAAUAUUGCCCUCUGUUAGAACUAAGAAGGUUUAGUUUUUUACUUAUUUUAUCCUCUGAAUUCUCCUGUGGCCACUCUUAGGCUGAAGUUUUAUAUCCUGGAGGCAGCUGUCAUUUGUGAGUCCUGCAGGUAAUACCAGAUCAUGGAAGAACCCCAGGAAUUAUCCUACAAUGGAACUGAGCUGGCUAAGGAGGCCAGACUACCCAUCCCUACCCCACUGGUGUUCCUGGAAGAGGUGAUUCACAUUCCCUCUUUGGGGUUUGGCAGCAGCCACUGUCUCCAAGAGCAGAAGAUGCCGAAAUGAUGAUUUUUUACAGGCAAAUUUCACUGGUGGGGGGUGAGCAGAAGCUCCCUCUCAUCUGCUGUGCACCCCAAAGCCUGAUUCCAACAUGCUUCUAAGGGGGCUUCACUUAGUGCUGGUAUUUCCAUGUGCCUGUGUUAUCUGAUUAUUUUUCCCAGAAGAAGAAGGAACUAAAUUAUUUGAAACCUUUAAUCAAGUUUGAUGGGUUAAAAAUAAAUUCCUUAAUACUUCCACUCUCUGUGAGUAGUGGGUAUAAGUGGUUAAUAUAAAAAAUUGUAUCUAUUUUAUAUCUUCUGUAGCUGCUGUAAAUUAGACUAUAACACCAUUUUGUCUACAUUUUAUUUGAUUUUAAUAAGAAAAAAAUAAAAAGAAAAAAAUAAACAGAUAAAAAAAUAUUGGCUA